AUGUUUACUUGUCUGUUGCGUUUAGAUAGGCUUGGGCUUGAGAUUGAGUCUGAAUCCAAGUGUGGGCCCACUGGCGAUUCAAUGGAUAUGUCGCAAAAUGAAUCCAUGACAGCAAAUGAUGCUACAGUUAAAAGACAGGGAACAAAGGGAAAAAAAUUCACGCUGUCGAGAGAGCUUCCGCAGAUAAUAGAAGACAACGUGGAGAGUUUCUGCAAGAAGCUAAUAGGAAAAGCGGGACUGACUCCUAAAGACUAUAACCAGACUAUGACCAGCCAUCUUGAACCGAAUGGAAAAGAGGCUUAA